GAGGGUGGAGCCGGCGCACCGCCCCCUCUCCCGGUGCCUCACAGGAUUGUCAGCGCUGGGGGCUGAUCUGGAGGUCAUCCACUCCAGCCCCCUGCCAAGGCUGGGUCACCAGAGCAGCUGCACAGCAACGCGCCCAGAUGCCUUUGCAAUGUCUCCAGUGAUGGAGACUCCACGACUUCCCUGGGCAGCUGUUCCAGCGCUCUGCCAGCCACAGUGUAAGGAACUCGUUCCUCGUGUUAACGUGAGACUUCUUUUGUCUUGAUUUAUGGCCAUUGCUCCUUCCUUUGUCCUGUUGCUGGGCUCCACUGAAAAGAGUCUGGCACUGUCCUCUUGGCACCCACCUUUGAGAUAUUUAUUGGCAUUAAUGAGAUCCUGUCCUCGUUCCAGGCAGGAGAGGGUUAAUUUCUGCAAUAGCCAGGAGGAGGCAUGGCCACGACCCAGAGGUUACUCUGUACCACUUCCCAUCACUUUCUGGGGACAGGGAAGGGGUCAUUCCUGGGUCCCGUCGUGUGGCACAGUCAGGUAUUGUCAGGGCCCUGCAUGGAGCACUCGUGUGAAUCAUUUUUCUCUUGUACAUGGUUAUUAAUAGUGUUGCUGUUACUGUUGAUUUGCUUAUUUAAGUUGCUGUUUCCAGUAAACUGCUCUGAUCUUGAUCUAUGAUUUUUACCCUUUGUGCCUCUGAUUCUCUGCUCCAUCCCACAGCAGGAGGAAGGGGAGGGGAGAGCAAGUGAGUGGCAGCGUGGUUUGGAGAGGCUCAGAGGGAGCACUGAAUUGGGGAGUAUCAUUCCUAAACCACAGCAGAUCUCCUCUCAGUCUUCUCUUGUCCAGACUAAAGGAUCUCUCCUCACAAGAGAGAUGCUCCAGACCCCCAUGUGGCCUCUGCUGGACCUUCUGCAGUAGUUCCUUGUCUUUCUUAUACUGAGGAGCCCAGAACUGGAGACAGUACUCCUGAUGUGCCUCACCAGGGGCAAUAGAAGGGCAGGAUCACUCUCAACCUGCUGGCUACACUCUUACCAAUGUACUCUAGGAUCCCAUUGGCCCUCCUGGCUGUAAGGCCCCUGCCAGUUCGUGGUCAGCUUGUCACCCACCAAGAUUCCAGGUCCCAGGUCCUUACCUGCAGAAUUGCUUUCUAGUAGGUCGCCCUGCAGUUCCCUGACGAGCUCCUGGCAGACGCAGCGGGGGUGGCAGGCCGGCUGGAGGCAGCGACCGGGGCCGCCAUGUACGUGUUAGGAGACACCACGUACGGCAGCUGCUGCGUGGAUGAAGUGGCUGCCGAGCACGUGGGUGCCGAGGCAGUGCUGCACUACGGCCCAGCCUGCCUCAGCCCCUGCAGGAAGCUCCCGGUGCUGCACAUCUUCGGCCAGCAGCCCCUGGACGUCGGGCGCUGCGCAGAGGCGUUCCGGGAGCUCUACCCCGAGCAGCAGAGCUGUGUGGUGGUGCUCAGCGAUGUGGUCUACGCCCAUGCAAUGGGUGAGCUGGAGCAGCAAUUAUGUCCCGAAUACCCCAAUAUCAUCUUCUCCAGGUUGGUGUGUGGAGACCCUCCUGGCCCCGCCGUUCCUGGUGAGGAACGGAAGUUUGGUCGUCAGUUCUUGGUGAAAGCUGCAGGAGGGCUUCAGGACUAUGCCAUGUUCUAUGUGGGAGCUGAGGGCCUUGCCCUCACCAGCUUCAUGCUGACCUGGAACUGCUGCCCUUUCAGCUCCUUCAACCCCAUCACCGGCUGCGGCCGCCGUGAGACCCUCAACGUCAACCGGGCCCUGAUGCGCCGCCUGUACCUGGUGGAGCGGGCCCGGGAUGCCGGUGUGGUGGGCAUCCUGGUGGGCACCCUUGGCGUGGCGGGCUACCUGACCGUGCUGCAGCACCUCCGGGAGCUGCUGUGCCGGGCCGGCAAGCGCAGCUACACGCUGGCUGUGGGGAAGCCCAACCCUGCCAAGCUGGCCAACUUCCUGGAGGUGGACAUCUUCGUCCUGGUGGCCUGUGCUCAGAACUCCCUCCUGGACUCCAGUGACUUCUACCGACCUGUUGUGACCCCCUAUGAGCUGGAGCUGGCCUGCAACCCAGCCCGUGAGUGGACGGGGAACUACCUCACAGACUUCCGAGACCUGCUGCCAGGGGCCUGUGCGCAUGUUGAGCUCCCGCCGGCUGUUCCUGCAGCGGAGGCUGUUCCUGAUGUCUCGCUGAUCUCAGGGAAGAUGCGUGCUACCCACCUCUGUGGCCCCCCGACCUCUCAGCAGCCCCCCAGCACCGCCCUGGCCUGCAGGGACCAGACACGGGCGCUGGCAGAGAUCAGCCCUGCAGCCUCCUUCCUGGAGUCCCGCAGCUGGCGGGGCCUGGAACAGCAGCUGGGACAGACUCCCGUCUCCAAGGCUGUGCAGGGCCGACGAGGGAUUGCCAUUUCCUAUGAGGAUGAAGGGUGUGAGCAACCCUGAUUCAGCAGCACUGGCACCCAGCCAGGAGCGGGGCUGUGUGGGGCAUUGCCUCCCACUGGGUGUUGGACCUGCUGCCAGCUGGCACCUUGCUGGAUGUGGCCUUGGGUCAGUAAUACUGCAGUGAGAGCAGGAAUUGUGUGUUCAGGAAUGCCUGGGGCACCCUGAGGCUCAUGGCCAGGCCAGCAGCAGGGCCAGGAGAGACAGGCACUUGGCCCAGACCCUGUCUCCGAGGGCUCCUCAUCCAGGGCAGCUUUGUCCCUACCUGGAAAGGUCACAACUUUGCAAGAGCUAACAGUGCUGGGACUUGGGGCUUUUGUGGACUACUGCUGCUAACUAAAGCUGAAGAGGAUUUGUGAAAGAACUGUUUUCUUAGAAUAAAACAUGGGCUGAGGAGCA